AUUAAUUAUUUCAUGUGAGCGCCAGGGUUUUGUAUACUGUUCCGAUAAUCAAGUUUAUUUACUGAAUAUAUCAGUUUUUGUUUUUUUUUGUGAUUAUUUUUAAGGAAAGAAUUUUUAUUAUUAGAAUUUUUGAAAAGUAAAAAAGUGCAUAAAGGUUACCAUUAUAGCCCAUAGUCAUAUGAAGUAGGAAACUUAUGGCUUGAGGAAUGGAAUAACAUUUUAAUAUCCCAUCUUUUGGCGAGAAGAAAAAAUGUCUUGGUAUAACGAUUGAAAAAAAUGAUUCAAAUAAAGAGCGGCAUUAUUCAGAAGUACCAAUUUUGAACCUUUUAUUUUAUUGGAAUCAUGAACGAAGAAAAUAUCUGCCGCUUAUGUGGAGUUGAGGAUUCUGACUACAUUCAGAUCUACAAUAAAGAUGGUGUACAGAAUGAGGUACAUGACAUAACUUCUUUAUAUUUUCAUGACGGUUUUUUGGACUUGGAUAAAGGAAAUCAUCUGAAAGCCAUAUGUUUAAGGUGCUGGGAUCGUAUCUAUCAAUUUCAUUCUUAUCGAGAAUUUGUUUUGGAAUCACAAUUCGAAAUAAUCGAAAAGUUACACAAACAUGAGAUAUCAAAAUCAGUAAACCAUAACCAUAAACUCCCUUCGCCAUCCCCACACGAAUUUAAUGCCAACGAAAAUGAAGGCAAAAGUCAAGAGGUUCAAACAAAUUUUAUGGCUGCUUCUAAUAAGUUAACAGAAGAAAUAGAAGUUUAUGAUAUUUCGGAUGAAGAGACAUAUGAUAUCUCAGAUGAAGAGGCAUAUAUUUCUGAUGAAUCUCAGAGGGAUCUGAAAUCGGAAGAUUCUAGGAUAACCCCUAUGUCAAUUUUGCCUAAACCAAAAACAGAUGACAACCAUAAAAAUACAACGCACGAGUAUAAUAAAGUUCAACUACGCCCAAGAGUACAUAAGCACAUCAAGGAAGUAAACACUCCAGAAAGGGAGUUGGCAGAAGAGUCACCCAAAGUCGUCACCCCAAUGACGAUUUUACCUUAUAAUAAAAAUCAACUACGUCCAAGGGCACAUCUGCAAAGAAAACAAAAAUACACUCCAGAAAGAAAGCUAAAUGAAGAGUUACCUACCACGAAUAGACAUAUCAGGAAAAAUAAAAAGAGAAAAAUCGUUCAUGUUGAUAUCAACAAAAAGAGAACUCCCGAGGAAUCUGAUGCACACAUAAGUCAAUGGCUACCAAAUUUAGAAUGUGUAGAAUGUCAUGAUACAUUCUUGACAUUCACGCUAUUGAAAGAUCAUUUUCGCGAGCAGCAUGCAGGUAAGGAGUUCUAUAUUAUCUGUUGUUACCGCAAAUUUGCCUAUCGAUGCCUGGUUGAGGAACAUGUAAAUUUACAUAUGGAUCCGGAAGCUUACAAGUGCAUGAAAUGUGGUAAAAGCUUUUCAAGUCGUGCUAAUUUAUGCAGCCACAGGCAUGACUUAUGCAGUCCCCUUGACCUGCCUAAAAAUCGUCCAAGAAAGACCAACAAAGCUAUUGAUGACACCAUAGCCGCGUGGAAACCGAAUCUUGAGUGUUCCGUUUGUUUUGAGACUUUCGAUACAUUUACCUUGUUGCGGCUACACUUUCGACAGCGCCAUAAACAAAAGCAUUUCUAUGUAGAAUGUUGUGAGAGAAAAUUCGCUUUUCGUCACCUUUUAGAGGAGCAUGUACGAGUGCAUCUGGAUCCUGAUAUUUUUAAAUCAGAAAUAAAACAAAAUUCGAAUGCAGUUGUAAACCAAAAAAGAAAAACUACCAUUUACCCAUCCAGCAAAAACACUCAUUACCAAAUAACCAGAAAGGCAUAUUGAUGCUGCAUACUAUGCACUUUAAGGCAAUGCGAUUCCAGAGAACAUCUUUGUGUAAAGCUCUUCUCACACAAGUUACACUUGUAGGGUCUAACUCCCGUAUGGGUACGCGUGUGUCGUUUCAAAUCAAAUGUA